AUGUCUCGCAUAAUCAACAAUGGAACUGUUUAUGAUAACGAUUUUCAGUGGAAGCUUUGUGAUCAUGACAAGAAGUUUGUGUUUAUUGGUGAUAUUAUUGGUGUAGUUCAGGAAAUCAACAGUUUUCAAUAUAACAAUUCUGGAAAAAAGUCAUUUGUUUCAUUGAGUCUUAAAGACUUGAAAGGUGUCAUCGUUAACUGCACAUUAUGGGAGAGCUACGGAACAAAAUUUUUGGAUUUCUACCAUGAUGAAAAAAACAGUGGUGCUAUUGUAAUUGUACUAACUCAUGCAAUGAUAAAGGAAUCACAAGUCUCAAAUGGAUGGAGUGGAUCUAAAUGGCUUAUUAACAAAGACAUUCCAGAGAUGACUGAGUAUUUAUCAAAGUUACCUGCAAAUGAGCAGACUGAAAAGCCUUCGCAGUCUUCAAAGGGUGUGUCUCUUUGGUCUGAUGCCUCUCAAUUCACCCCAGUUGAAAGUUUCGUCCAUAAGGCCAAAUGUAUAUCUCUGAGUGACCUCUGCAAGGUGAAACAGGCAUCUGAUGUGAACAAUCCAUACAAAUGUUCAUGUGGACAGAAUGUAGAACAUGCCAUACCAAGGUAUCGAGUUGACAUAUAUGUAAUUAAUGGUGAAUCAAAAUUUCGCUUUGUGUUUUGGGACACUGACUGUGCCGACAUUAUUGGAAAGUCUGCUGAUAGUAUUUAUAAAGCAAUGCUUGAGGAAGGUGACGACGACCCUAUGAUAUAUCCCGAUGAACUUGACAUGCUUCUUGGUAAAAAAAUGGCGUUCAGGGCUAAAGGGGAUAGCAAACCUUUAACCCAAAACCCAGUCGUUGAUCGUGUCGAUGAUUCCAUUGAGUCGUUGUCUGCAUACGGAGAAAAUGAUCCUGAUAAAGUUGUGACCAAUACUCCAUCUAAAGGAAGUCCCGUUACUCUUGAUGCUGGAGAUUCUGAAUGUCAGCCUUAUGGAACUACUCAACUUUCAGGAACAAAACCUUCAAAGAAAGUGAAGAUUGAAUCAAAUGUCUGA